UCUCUCUUUUCCUUUUCUUCCUCUCUAUCAAGCUGCCUCCAUUUCAACAGGAUGGCCCUUCUCGACUACCCUGUUCCAGAGUUGGAUGUUACGUUGCAAGAAGUGAACCGUGUCCUGCAGCUCACUUUGGGUCCCGACCGUUACCCUGAGUUCAAAAGUACAAUAGAACAGCAGAGGGGGCACCUUCAAGAGGUCCAUCAAAAGUUAGCAACUAUUGCUGCUGGCCAAGAGAACUGGGUGACAGAGCAGUUCAAGAGAGGUCUGCUGUCUGUUGCUGACCCCCUGCCCACCUCGACAGCCCUCCCUGUUGUACUUCUUCCUACCCAAGCAAAGAGAUGUACCCAGCUUGGUAGGGCGGCUGCUCUGCUCUGGGCAGCAGCUAAGCUGCACAGUGAGCCAUUGUUACUGGAAGGCAAUGUGCCAAUGGAGCGCACACAACAGUCUGAGGUAUUUGCUGCCAGCCGGAUCCCUGGCAGGAUCCAAGACAAGAUUACGGUCUAUCCAGAUAGCCUCCAUGCCAUCAUUACCUGCCCUGGAGGAGUGUUCCCUGUUGACAUACUGUGGCGUCCCAGCACUGGUGGGCCAAUUUCAGCUCGAUCAUUCAAUGACAUCUACGACCAGCUGGCUCAGGUGAUGGAUCAACCCAGAGCAGGAAAACAGAAUGAUCCCUCUGCCAUUUGCAGCCUCUCUGCUCAGGAUCGCAAAGCCUGGGCUGCCACCAGGGAUGAGAUCCUGGAGAAAGGAGGGGAUGCAGCCGCAUCACUGGGGCUCAUGGAGAGUGCUGUGCUCACACUGUGUCUGGAGGAGAACGAUGCACCCUCUGAACUAGCUGAUAUCCUCAAUGCAGUGAGGCUGGGAGGAGGAGGGGACAGUCAGACCUGUCUGAGAUACUAUGACAAGGUGGUGAACCUGGUGGUGUUCAAGGACAGCACAGCUGGGAUGGUGUUUGAACACAGUGCUGUGGAUGGAAUGGUGGCUGGACUUGUGACUGAGCGUGUGUACAAUCUGUCAGAAAGUGCUGACCUGAAUCUAGUCAGUGCUGACCCAGAAAAUGUGAAUGGGUCUGUCAAAGUAAACCAUGUUAAUUCUGUUUGUCCAACUUCCCUAAAGUUCCCCUUGCAAAGCAUAAAUACACCAAAACCGGGUCCUGACUUAAAAACAAAACACCCAGUUCUCACUUUUGAUGUGCCCUCUUAUCCUGAUGUCUUUUCUACUCUCAGAGGGCAGAGAGGCCUGUAUGAUGCCUGGAUCAACUUCUCUUUGCAGCUCUCCCUGAGACAGACUCUUGGGGAAUCUGCUGCCAAACACAUCUUUGUCACACCUACUCAUAUGCGCCACUACAAACAUGGCCGAUGUGAUCCUACAUACUCAGUCACCAUGCAUUCUCGUAAGUUAGUAGGUGCCUUGGCAUCUUGUGUUGGCCCAGAUAACACAAUCCAUUACACACCUGACCUCCUACACUUGUUCCAUCUUGCAUUUUUGGAGCAUAAGAGUCUCAUCAGAAACACCAAAAAUGGUAAAGGUGUCGGUCCCCAUUUAGCUGCCCUGCGUAGAUCAUUGGCAUCUGACAACCCAUUAAAGAAGUUCUUGGACCCCUUUGGGUGUCCAUCUGUGUACCUCACAGGUACAGAUCUGAUGGAGGGUGUUGAGUGCGGAGUAGGGAAUGUUUAUGCCCAAGAUCAGCUUGCUGUUACCUACCUUGGGAAAAAAGACAAGGUUCGCAUUGUACUUAAUGGAAAAGGGAGCUUUGCUCUGACACUGGAGAAGAUUCAAGAAAGCUUAAAGAAAAAUCUGAAGUUAGUGAUGCUUCUAGCUGUUAGAUAUGCCAUUGCAAGCCAAAUGGGAGCCCUGGAGUGUCAACUGAAACAGGGUCAAACAGAGAAAAUGAAUGGAGAAACCUAUCACGGUCCUGAGAGCCAAAACAGUGGCAAAACCAUUGUUGACUCCACCUCUGGAAUGAGCACAGACUAUACUCUGGUGAUCCAUGGUGGUGCUGGAGAAGAGAUGAUGCUGAACCCGGAAGUGAUCGGGGUUAUUGAGUUUGCUCUACAGACAGCCUUAACCCUUGGAUCCCAAGUGCUUCAACAAGGUGGCAGGAGUCUAGAUGCAGUUCAGAGGUCAGUGGAAGCUCUUGAGGACUGCUUCCUGUUCAAUGCAGGUAAAGGUUCUGUAUUCAACAAAGAUGGCAAAAAUGAAAUGGAAGCAACCAUUGUAGAUGGCAAUGCAAAGAGGUCAGGAUCUGUUGCAUGUGUGCAAAGUGUGAAGAACCCAAUAAAAGCAGCCAGGUGUGUCCUGGAAAAAAGCUCACACUCACUGAUUGUGGGAGAUGGGGCUGAAGAGUUUCUGCAGGGGUUUGAGGAGAAAGAGAAGCCAGUUGGGCCUGAGUAUUUCUACACUGAUAUACGUCACAGAGAGUUAAUUGCAAAGAUCAGUGCUGGAAACAACUCAAAAAACAAUCACCCUCAGACAGUUGGCGCUGUGGCCUUGGAUCGUUGGCGUGGGUUAGCUGCUGCAACCUCCACUGGUGGGUUAGUAGGAAAGCUGAAAGGGCGAGUUGGGGAUACAGCAGUUGUAGGGGCAGGAAUACAUGCCGAUGAUAAGGUGGCUAUUACCUGCUCAGGGGACGGCGAUGUAUUUCUGAGGCAAACAGUUGCACAGAAAAUUGCUAGUCUCUACCAUCACAAAGGCUAUAGCCUUAGGCAGGCAUGUAGAGAAGUGAUGGCUGAAGAUCUGAAUGGGUUCUGUGCAGGAAUCAUUGCCAUUGACACUAAAGAUGAUGCCAUCAUUGAAACAAAUGCUGGGGUGAUGUUUGUGGCUUCAAUGAUAAAUGGCAUUUCCCGAGCAGAGGUCCUGAGGCCUCGAAAGAACUUCUCUGAUGUUAUCUGGGAAACCGAGGAGCUGAUUGCCUACCUCAGCCCCAAACCCUGGAUCCCUGGGUCGACCAUUCUGACGAGAAAAACUCAUAGUGGGGCAAGCAGCAUCUUCCAGCUGGCUACACCUGAUUUUGUGGCAACGCUACAAGGAGCAAGAGCUGUGUCAAGUUUGCUAUGUGAGCGACUGGGGGUGCAGCGCUGUGCCUUGGUUUUCAAUCCAACCCCUGGACAGCCAGCACAAAUCCGAUUGCUCCCACUUCAUGGUCUUGAGCCAAAGUGGCAGCCCCAUCUUGCCAGUGAAGAAGAAUUCAACACUUAUGAUCCAGGCUAUUGCACCUCAAAAAGUGGCCCACGCUGGGAUGAUGAUGCACUGGCCCAGGUUCAAGCCAAAAUCAGAAAUGGUCUACCAACAGCAAAUGCUCCCUCUUGCUUUGACUUCUUUGGGGAUGCUUCCAAUGACAAUCUGUUUAGUCGUAUUGUGCGUGGAGAGCAACAACAAUGGAGGGUGUGGGAAGACAGUGAGCACGUUGCUUUCCUUACACCAUACCCAAAUUCUCCUGGACUUACUGUUGUGGUGCCACGCAAACAACUGCCCAGUGACAUCCUCAAACUAGAGGAAGCUGAUUACAAAGCACUGAUCUUAGCCAGUUACAAAGUUGCCCGACUACUACAAGAAGGAAUGAGAGCUCGAGGCAUUGCAUUGAUCUUUGAGGGGUUUGAGAUUGACUAUGCUCAUGCGAAGCUGAUCCCUCUGUUACCUUUACCAGAUGGCAUCAAUCCUGCUAAGCUGCAACCAGAAUGCUUCCAAAGCUACCCUGGAUAUGUGUCAUCACUGGAUGGCCCAGCUGCUGACCAUGAGGCCCUCAAAAAGAUACACACAAAAAUUACCCAGUGCAGGCCUCCUCGUUCAUGGGAAAACCCUCAGUGUCACCCCACACUCGCCAUCAAGAGCCAGUGGUAUCGCAACCUGUUCCAGAUUCAGAACACUCUUUUCCACAGCACAGUCGAAUAUUUCCACAGUUCCUGCCAGUACUCCUACGCUCUAACUCCUCUCACCACAGACACCAUCUCCUCGCCUAUGGGCCUGGGAUCUGACUCAGAGCCAGUUUCUGUUAAUCUGCUGGGCCAGGACAUCUAUCUGGCUGAUUCGAUGCAAUUUGUACUCGAAUACUUCCUUCGCUUCCAGGAGAACCUGCCAGGGACAUACUACAUAUCUCCCAGCUUUAGAGGGGAAGAUCCUGAUGCCACUCACUUGAACCAGUUCUACCAUGUUGAGUGUGAACUGUUGGGCAACAUGGACAAUGCCAUGUCCAUAGCAGAGGGAUACUUGGCUCAUCUUACAAAGUCCAUGUUGAAGAAGCACUCAGAAAUGAUCCUCAACACUGCUGGGACCCUUACACAUGUCACAGCCAUGCUAAGUAAGUUGGAUGGAAAAACCCCACUCCCAAGAGUUCCUCUAGACCAGGCCAUUCCCAUGAUGCCCUCUGCUGACUGCGUAGAAUGGGUCCAAGAUGGCCAGCCCCACUUUGGCAGAAAGCUAACACGCAAAGGGGAGCGGGUCUUGAUAGAGAAAUAUGGUGGCGCUGUUUGGCUGACAGAGAUGGACCAUCUAGGAGUUCCCUUCUACCAGGCAUAUGUGGAGGGCACUGGGCGUAGCAAAGCUAAGGCUGCUGAUCUUCUCCUGGGGCUGGGUGAGACUGUGGGUCUUGGUGAACGUCAUUCUACCCCUGAGAUCGUACAAGAGGCCUUGAGGCAACAUGCAGUACCAGAGCAGUCUUACAAAUGGUACAUUAACAUGCGGCAAGUGAAACCGCUCCUCACCAGUGGAUGGGGCAUGGGGACAGAGCGCUACCUGUGUUGGCUGCUUCAGCAUGAUGACAUCAGAGAUAUACAUAUCAUUCCAAGGAUGAAGGGUAUGAAGUACAUGCCUUGAUCAGAGGUUCUCUACAGAUUUUCAUGCCAUCAGAUGUGAUAUAAGGUCAACAUGCAAAAUGAAAGUAAACCACAAAGACACAUCAGUGAUCUAUAGUUUGGGACUUUCAUUCUCACCUAUGAUCUUUCGUGAUGUGUCCAUGGCUAGAAAAAAACUUCCUCUAGCUUAGUCCUACCUGACCCUUGAACCCCUUAAAAUAAAUGUUUUUGAAAAUUGAGUGUUUUGGCACAGCAAUACAAACUGGAGGAUUAUUGCAGAAGAGACAAAAUACUUUAAAUGUCAAGUUAAAAGUUAAAACUGAGGUUACAAAAAGGUAAAUCAGUCACUGUUAAAAUGUUAAAGCUCAGAUUGGAUGUCUUGUUUUCACAUCAAGUUCAAAAAGAAAAUACAUUAAACCUUUGUGUUCAACUUGAACUGUGUCAGUACCCCAAUUUCUUAAAAAUGUAUUAACAUUGUUGAAAAAAAUAGUUAGUUAAGGGGUAUAAAUUGAAUGAAUAAGUUCUUAAGAAUAUCUAAGGACAACAUAAUGGAAUACAUUUGUUAAAGUCAUCGA